AUGGGAGUCGAAGCUCUACCUCAGCUCAUCACUUUGAGCUUUGAUAAGACCAUCGAGCUACGGGGAUUUUACACCGGUCGACACAUGAGAACAUUUACAAGUCAUCAUGGUUCUGUCUUGAGUGCUGCCAUCACACCAGAUUUCACGUGGCUUAUCAGUGGCGAUAAAAAUGACGAUAUCUGUUUUUGGGACCCCAGUACUGGGAUCCGACACUUGGUAAUUGAUUGUCUGGGGGUUCCUGAAGGCUCAGUCACGGUAAUUCGUGCGUGUCGGCCGAACAUUUUUGCUACAGUGGCAAUUGAUAACAGUGUGAGAAUCUGGCAGUAUGUUUCUACUAUACUUAUCCGUGGGAUUGUUUAA